UCUCACAAAGAUGGUUUGAUUACAUUGUUUACACAGUGCUACACUGUUGUACUCCAGCGUCUCAUAAUCAGUAUGAUGCUCUUCUAAUGCCACAGCCUCUUCACGCUAACCUGGAGCUGCCUCCCUGCUGUGUUUUCUUUCAGGCGGAUGCUAAGAUGGUGUGCGAUGUGGUCAGUCGUAUGGAGGACACGGAGCCUUACUCUGCUGAGCUGCUCUCCGCCAUGAUGCGUCUGUGGUCUGACUCGGGCAUCCAGGAGUGCUUCAGUCGCGCACGAGAGUACCAGCUCAACGAUUCAGCGCAGUACUAUCUAGACAGCCUAGAUCGAAUUGGUGCGGCGGACUACCAGCCCACAGAGCAGGACAUCCUGAGGACCCGAGUGAAGACCACAGGCAUCGUCGAGACACACUUUACCUUCAAAAACCUUCAUUUCAGGCUGUUUGAUGUGGGAGGUCAAAGGUCAGAGAGGAAGAAGUGGAUUCAUUGUUUUGAGGAUGUCACAGCCAUUAUUUUCUGUGUGGCGCUCAGCGGAUAUGACCAGGUGCUGCAUGAGGACGAGACCACGAAUCGCAUGCAUGAGUCUUUGAUGCUGUUUGACUCCAUCUGCAACAACAAGUUCUUCAUCGACACCUCCAUCAUCCUUUUUCUCAACAAGAAGGAUUUGUUUGCAGAGAAGAUCAAGAAAUCUCCGCUCAGCAUCUGCUUCCCUGAAUACACAGGACCCAACACCUACGAGGAUGCAGCAGCUUACAUCCAAGCACAGUUCGAGAGUAAGAAUCGCUCUCCAAAUAAGGAAAUCUACUGUCACAUGACCUGCGCCACAGAUACAGGGAACAUCCAGGUUGUGUUUGACGCCGUGACCGAUAUUAUCAUCGCCAACAACCUCCGAGGGUGUGGCUUGUACUGAGCACACCUACCGACCCUGUUAUUUCCUCCCCCCUCUGUCCCUUCCUCUGUCCUCCCACCUCCUCAUUCCUCUUCCUUUGACACUGCUGUGGAAAUGAUGAUGGCGAUGAUGACGAUGCUGAUUACUUAAAGAAAAAACGAAAGAAAAAUGCAACUAGGUACAUAUUAAUAAUGAGGAUAAUUUAAAAAAAAUAGGCAUACAUAUAUAUAUAUAUAUUAUAUAUAUAUACCGUUUUUAGUUCUUGUCUGCUCUCUUCUUGCUCCGACUCUUCCUGACGUUCUUGAGCUUGCUGCCAAGCAAACAAAUUUGUUUUAGUAGAAAACACGAAACCCUGCAGCCUUGAAAACUUUGUGAACAAAGUCGAUGAAAGCCUCCGUUCCCCGUUUCCUUUCUUUUACGUUGUCUUUUGUUGUUAACCCAAACCUGUACGUUUUUUAUGACUCUUGUUUUUGUUGAUCAUAUGUAUAUUUAUUGCAAGUAUCAGUCUGUACACUGAUGUUUAUUCACGUUUUGCCUCACCUGACACCCCUGUGUGUGUGUGUGUGUAUUACUUUGUCCUUCUUUUUUGCUGUAGUAGUGAUUAUGUAAUAACAGUUUUUGCAGAAUUAUUUGAAAAUGUACUAAGAAGCACUAGACGGGUCAGCCAAAACUCUCAAGACCUGCUAGAACUGACGAUGCUGAUUUUAAUGUUAGUGUUUUGUUUACAUUAAGUGAUUUUUGUUGUUGUUUUUGUUGUCAGUCACUUUUUUGGGGAUCAUUUUACUCAAGGUGUGGUUUUCAUCGACAGGAUGUAAGGCUUCCUGUUUCCAGGCCUAAGCCACUAGCAAACCAUCGGCCACGGCCGGGUGUGGGAGCCAAUAGGAAAUGUGCUAACAGUCCUAUCAGUGCCAUGUAACAAAGGUACUGCACUGUAGAUAGCUGUGCUUAUAGAAGCAACUACACAAUGUUAUGAUUAAACCUUUCUCACUGUUAUAACCUCUAGAUCUGCUAACAUUCUCCGUGUAAGAAAACUCACUCAUGGUUUGAUAAUGGUCGAUUAAUUUAUUAAUUUAUUUAUUGAUUGAUCACCUUUCUUCACACACCUGUCUGUUUUCUCUCUCUCUCGUCAUGCCACACCUUUACUUCUCUCAUCUUCUUCCAUCUCUUUCUUUUUUGGCUUAUUUUUGCAAAAUUAAAGAGCACUCCUUCUUUUUUUGCCAACCCAUCUCCCCGUCCUCCUCCUUUUCCCUCUAAAGCCCAGAUAGCAUGUGAUACUCAAGCCUUUGUAUAAAGAGAUCAGUUAAUUCAUACAACUUAUAGACAAAAAAAAAGUACACACAAAUAAUGCUCAGAUAACUUUAAAAAAAGAAAAAAAAAGUAAAAGUAAAAAAACAAACAGAAAAAUACAGAAACAAACAAACUGAGAAGAUUGUUGGUUUCUGGGACACGGCAGAGGCAAAUAUAUAUAUAUCGAAAAAAAGUGACAAUUUAAGUUUCCAAGGAUUGACAACAGAAAGGUUCAGAGUACAGCGACGUGUUAAAGUGAGCUGAAAAAGGACAAAAAUGUACUCUGAUUACUACAAUAAUAAAGACCCCAGUGAACAUUACCACAGUACCGCCAACGACCUUCCUAAUGAUCCUGUUAAUAUUCCAAAAACUUUUCUCGUGCUUUGUAGCUACAGAGUAUCUCUUUCUCUAUAUCUCCCUUUUUUAAAUGUAAAAGAUGUUUUGCAAAGCGAGCUGAUCCGUGAAGAUCUCAGACCGACCCCGCCGUCUUGUUAUAAUGCUCUGAACUGUGCCCCGCCCCUUCUCCUUUUACCGUUUUGCCUGUUUCCCUGCAUUAGAUCCGUGUCCUCACUUUAGCCUGACUCAGAACAAUUAAAUAUAAUAUUAUAACAAUAUCUAUUUUUUAUUAUUUCAGAAGAAAAAAAACAAACAAACACUUUUGGGGGAGAGCACGUUUCUCGCUGCGUCCGCUAGUUAGGGACGCCGCAUGUUCACACAUCUACGCUGUAUAAAGUCAUGCUCUUUUCUUCUUCUUCUGUCUCUUUUCAGUUUAACCCACUCCUUCCAGGUCUACAAUGAAAAGCACAGUUUCUCACAUGCACACUUGCUCGCACUCACACACACACACAAUAAGUAGAUCUGUUAUCUCUUCAUGUGUUAGCCCUCGUCCAUCUCUCUAUAUUGACUUCUUGAUUUCUAGUUUUUAAAAAAGAAAACAACCGUGUAUAAUGACAUGAGAAAGCAUUUUUUCCUCUCAUUUUGUUCCCGUUUCCGUCAUAUUUUUUAUGUUUUGUUCUUUACCCAGUGAAUGCUUUUUUCUGUGCAGCUUUCUCUCUCUCUCUCUCUCUCUCUCUCUCUCCCUCUACUCUUCUUUAGUGAAUGGUUGUUAUUUCAUGUGGGAUGUCCGUGCUGGAAAAACCAAUCGAAUGUAGUGUUUACAUUAAAAAGCCACUGUUUUCAUGACUACGAAAAAA